AUGAGUUGCCUUAGCUGGAACUGUCGUAGGCUUGGGAACCCACAGACAGAAGAUGAACUAGUUACGUUGGUACGUAACAAAGAUCCCAAGCUGAUUUUCUUAAUGGAAACCAAGGUUGAGAAAUCAGUUUUAGUACGAAUUGGUAGAAAGAUACAUUAUGCUAAUCUUUUUGAGGUUCCACGCCAUAACACUGGGGGUGGUCUUGCUUUGUUUUGGACUGCUGAUUCUAAUGUGGAUGUUCAAUCUUUUUCAGAAAAUCAUAUUGAUGCCAUUAUUGACCAUGGAGUUGAUGACGCCUGGCGGUUCACUGGUUUCUACGGAGACCCUGAGACCGCCAGCCGGGAAAACUCCUGGUCCAUGCUCAGAACUUUGAGUACACGGUUCACUCUCCCUUGGUUGUGUAUUGGUGAUUUUAAUGAAAUCUUAUAUGCAGAUGAGAAACAGGGUUGGCUUGAUAGACCGGAGAGGCAAAUGCAGGGUUUUCGUGAUGCUCUUGAUUUUUGCAGGUUGAAGGAUUUGGGGUUUAAUGGCUUCCCAUUCACAUGGUGUAACAGGCGCCCAGGAAAUCAAAAUGUUUGGAUCCGAUUGGAUAGAGGGGUUGCUACCGUUGACUGGAUUCUGAAAUUCCCUACCUCCAGAAUUCACCAUUUGGAUGCUUUUCAUUCUGAUCACAAGCCUAUACUCCUAAGCCCAGAUCUUGAACAAAACCGGUUUUAUAAAAAAGGACGUCCUUUCCGGUUUGAAGCCAUGUGGUUAAGGGACAAGUCCUGUGAAGAGGUAAUUCGAGAUUCCUGGGGAGUUGGGAUGGUACAAGCCACGGCAUGGGGUUUCAAUAGCAAAAUUUCUGCCUGCCAAACAAAUCUUAGAGAGUGGAAUAAAAAGACUUUCGGCCAUGUUCGACAUUCUCUAAAGAAAAAAUUGGCGGAGUUGAAGUCGGAGGAGGAGAGUGGAGGGUACAGUAACAAUCCUUUUCGGAUUCAGGAGUUACGAGACGAAAUCCAACAGUUACAAGCACGAGAGGAGUGUAUGUGGAAGCAAAGAUCUAGAAACAGAUGGCUUAAGGAAGGGGACAAGAACACAAGAUAUUUUCACUGUAGAGCAAAUCAAAGGAAUAGGAGGAAUUUGAUUACAGGAUUGGAAGAUGACAAUGGAAUUUGGGUAGAGGAUGAGGUCGGCUUGGGGAAGGUGGUGGAGGGCUAUUUCGAUCAAAUUUUCACCAGUUCAAAUCCGCAUGGUUUUGACACUAUCUUGUGUGGUAUUCAAAGUGUUGUUGGGAUGGAUUCGACUGAGCAGUUAGAGGGUGAUUUCCAAGCUAGUGAAGUCAAAGAAGCUCUCAAUCAAAUGGCCCCCCUCACAGCCCCUGGUCCUGAUGGUAUGUCCCCUGUAUUCUAUAAGUCUUUCUGGCACAUUGUAGGGGAAGACGUGACUGCAGUGGUACUCCGAGCCUUAAACUCAGGUAUUGUUCCAGAAUCCAUAAAUACUACUUUCAUCACCCUCAUUCCCAAAAUUAAAAACCCCAAGAAAGUUUCAGACUUUAGGCCAAUAAGUUUGUGUAAUGUCAUUUAUAAACUUAUUGCUAAAGUGGUGGCUAACCGUUUGAAAAAGUUUCUAGCUAUUUCUGUGCCAGAUUCGCAGAGUGCUUUCCUUUCAGGUCGGUUGAUAUCUGAUAACAUUCUUGUGGCUUUUGAGACGCUUCAUUUUUUGAAGAGAAAAACACGAGGCAAAAUGGGUUUUAUGGCUCUAAAGCUUGAUAUGAGUAAAGCUUAUGACAGGGUGAAGUGGAGUUUUGUGGAGGCAAUAAUGCAACAUUUGGGGCUUGGGGAGAGGAUGAGAAGAAUAAUUAUGUCUUGCAUGAAGUCAGUGUCGUACUCAAUUCUUCUCAAUGGGCAGCCAGUUGGAAACAUUAAACCCUCUAGGGGGCUCCGCCAAGGUGAUCCUUUGUCACCGUAUCUGUUCCUAUUGUGUGCCAUGGGUCUACAACGCUUAUUGAAAAAGGCAGAGUUGGAAGGUAAGAUAAAGGGGGUGGCUAUUAGUAGAUAUGGUCCUCGAGUCUCACACUUAUUCUUUGCUGAUGAUAGUGUCCUUUUUUGUCGUGCUACUGAGGCUGAGUGUCAGAGGGUCUUGGAUAUCUUGGCUAUGUACGAAAGGGGAACAGGUCAAAAAAUUAAUAAAGAGAAGACUAAUAUUUUCUUCAGCUCCAAUACCCUACAACAAACCCAAUCUCGCAUCCAACAUUUGUUGGGAGUCCCAGCAAUCAGACAAUAUGAAAAAUAUUUGGGUUUGCCAGCACUAGUGGGGAGAGCGAAAAAAAGGAGUUUUAUCUAUCUCAAGGAAAGGGUGUGGAAGAAAUUACAGGGGUGGAAAGAAAAGCUGUUGUCCAUUGUAGGUAGGGAAGUUCUCAUUAAAGCUGUCAUUCAAGCCAUACCAACGUACACUAUGGGUUGUUUCAAGCUACCCAAAGGGUUGAUCAAAGAGUUAGAAGUCCUUAUUAGGAAGUUUUGGUGGGGCUAUAAUGAUGAUUCAAGGAAGGUGCAUUGGGUUAGUUGGGAGAGGUUAUGUGAGGCAAAAGAAGUGGGUGGAAUGGGUUUCAAAGAAAUUGAGAAGUUCAAUGACGCCCUCCUUGCUAAGCAAGUAUGGCGGAUGAUGCAAAACCCGGAGUCCCUUUGCUUUAGGGUCUUCAAAGCCCGUUUCUUCCCAAAUUGCUCUAUCCUUGAUGCCAAGGAGUCCAAUACCGGAUCCUAUGCAUGGAAGAGCAUUCUUGGUGCUCGGGAUGUUAUUAGAAAGGGUAUGAUGUGGCGUAUUGGGAAUGGUCAAUCUGUUCGAAUAAAGGAAGACAAGUGGCUCCCGGUAAAACCAAGUAGAGUAAUCCUCUCCCCUCUCCCCUCAGUUAUGGCGGAAACUAAGGUGAGCUCUCUUAUCAAUCCAGAGCUGGGUGUGUGGAAAUCUGAGGAGAUUAACCGGGUUUUUCUACCUCAUGAAGCUUCUUUGGUAUUGGGGAUUCCACUUAGCCACAGAAAACCCCCUGACCGUGUGACUUGGUCAUGCACUCCUUCAGGGGAGUAUAGCACAAGCAGCGCCUAUAAAUUGCUAGCUGCCUCGGCUUCAACAGCCCAUGCAAGUUCAUCUAAUCAGGCCUCUCAAAGAAGUUUUUGGAAAGGAAUUUGGAAGCUGCAGGUGCCCAACAAGAUUAAACACUUUGUUUGGAGAGUUUGUAACAAUGCUCUGCCUACCAAGUGUAACCUGAAGCGGCGUCAUAUUACAGAGUCGGACUUGUGCGAGUUGUGCAAAGAUACCCCGGAAGAUGCCCUUCAUGCACUGUGCUUUUGCAGCCACGUAGCCCCUGUGUGGCAACCUUUCCACUGGUUCCAAACCUUGAUAUCUCCCCCUCCCCUUAAUUUCUGUGAUUUACUUAACAAGCUUUUGCAGGUUCGGGAUGAUCUCAGAACAGAGUUGUUCGCAACAAUUGCUUGGUGCUUGUGGAACAGACGAAAUGCUCUUCAUUUUGGUCGCCCAGCUAAUCCCAUGGCGAAUAUCAGUUCCGUUGCUAGCGCACUCGUACAGGAAUUCAUUGCUAGCCAGAUUCCAGAAAUCCCUAUCCAUCAACCUUCUGCUCAGCAUCAAUGGCGCCCUCCAGAACCAGAUGCAGUCAAAGUGAACUUCGAUGUGGCUCUCUUCAAGCGGACGAACUCAGCUGGUAUUGGCAUCAUCGCACGUGAUUGGAGAGGAGGUUCCCUUGCUGCCUUGUCCAUGCCUAUUCCGCUAUCUUCAUCAGUUGCUGAUAUGGAAGCGCUGGCCUGUCUCAGAGCGGUCCAAUUAGCAGCAGAGUUGGAGUUUCAAUGCGUAAUCUUUGAAGGUGACUCGGCCACAGUCAUUUCUGCAGUAAACCAGGGGUCUUCACUACUAUCUUCCUUUGGAAAUAUUGUUGACGAUAUUCGGUAUUUACUUCCUAGUUUUUCUUCAGCUACUUUUAGUCAUGUCAACCGCACUGGUAAUUUAGUUGCGGAUGCUCUCGCAAAAAAGGCUUCUUCCAACGUUGGUAGCCAAGUUUGGAUGAAUGCUUUACCUUCAGACAUUGCCGGUUUGGUAGACUUUGAUGUUCAUUAG